AUGGCACCAUUCGAAGCCCUUUAUGGGAUGGGAUUUAGGUCUCCCAUAGGGUGGUUUGAAGCUAGGGAAGUAGAGCCAUUGGGGGUUUACUUAGGAAGGGAUGCUCAAGAUAAGGUAAGAAGCAUCCAAGCUAAGCUUCUAGUGGUUCAAAGUCGUCAGAAGGAGUAUGUUGAUCACAAGGUGAGGGAUAUGACAUUUGAGGCUGGUGAGCAAGCACUUCUAAAAGUAUCACCCAUUAAAGGGGUGAUGAGGUUUGGCAAGAAGGGCAAACUUAGCCCUCACUAUAUUGGUCCUUCUAAAAUUCUUGACUGUAUGGUGUACAGGGUUGUCUUACCACCUAGCUUGUCUAGGGUACACCCGUUUUUCCAUGUGUCUAUGUUGAAAAAGUACCAUGGGGAUGGGGACUACAUUAUUAAAUGGGACUUAAUAUUAUUAGACAAGAAACUUCAGUAUGAGGAAGAGCCAAUUGCAAUUCUUGAUUAUGAUGUUCAGAAAUUGAGGACUAAGGAGAUCAAUAUGGUUAAAGUUCAAUGGAAACAUCAUUCGAUAGAGGAAUCUACAUCGGAGACUAAGAAAUACAUGCGAGAUAAGUAUUCUCAAUUGUUCGACAAAACAGGAACUACUCUAUCUUUACUUUAG